AUGAACCAACCCAUGUAUUUCUUCCUUAAUUGCCUCUCACUCUCCGACCUUUUCUACACCUCAACAGUGACACCUAAACUAAUGGCUAAUUUGCUGGCAGAAAGGAAGACCAUUUCCUACAGUAACUGCAUGACACAGCUUUUUACCACACAUUUAUUUGGAACCAUGGAGGUCUUCAUCCUCACAGGGAUGGCCGAUGACCACUACGUGGCCAUCUGCAAACCCCUACACUACACCGUCGUCAUGAGCAGAGAGAGGUGUAAUGCUAUCAUCACAGUCUGCUGUACUGGGGCCUUAAUCCACUCUGCCAGUCAGUGCCUCCUCACCAUCUUCCUACCCUUCUGUGGCCCCAAUGAGAUAGAUCACUACUUCUGUGACGUGUAUCCUUUACUGAAGCUGGCCUGCACGGACACAGACAGAAUUGGUCUCUUGGUCGUUGUUAAUUCAGGGCUGAUUGCUCUGAUGAUUUUUGUGGAUUUUCUGAUAUUAUACACCCUUAGGGCUUACCCUGCUGAGAGCCACUCCAAAGCUCUUUCCACCUGCACUUCCCAUGUCACAGUCAUGGUUCUGUUCUUUGUGCCUGUUCUCUUCAUUUACAUUCAGCCCCCUUCAACUUUUCCGGAAGACAAAGUGUUUGCUCUUUUCUACACCAUCAUUGCCCCCAUGUUCAACCCUCUGAUCUACACACUGAGAAACAUGGAGAUAAAGAAUGCUGUGAAGAAAAUGUGUACUCCCAUGUCUAUGAUCAAACCCAUGACUUCAUUUUCAUCAGGGUCUGUGUUUGGGCUUCUGGAGACUGAACUGAAACAGAAAAGCUCUCAUUCUGAUGGUUUACCUGAAGUUGUGUAG